AUGAACUGUGCCAUACAAAAAACUCUCGGCACCUCUCGCCGCUCCCACGAUGCAUCUGUGCAGAGGUAUUUCAGCUCAUCGCACCGCACCGAGCAUCUAUCAGAGAAACUCCACGAGGCACCAGGAGAGGACGAAGCACCAGGAGAGGACGAGGCACCAGGAGAGGACGAAGCACCAGGAGAGGACGAGGCACCAGGAGAGGACGAAGCACCAGGAGAGGACGAGGCACCAGGAGAGGACGAAGCACCAGGAGAGGACGAAGCACCAGGAGAGGACGAGGCACCUGGAGAGGACGAGGCACCUUUAGAGGACGAGGCACCAGUAGAGGACGAGGCACCAGGAGAGGACGAGGCACCAGGAGAGGACGAGGCACCUUUAGAGGACGAGGCACCAGGAGAGGACGAGGCACCAGGAGAGGACGAGGCACCAGGAGAGGACGAAGUACCUGGAGGGGAUGGGGCACCAGAAGAGGACGAGGCACCUUUAGAGGACGAAGCACCAGGAGAGGACGAAGCACCAGGAGAGGACGAGGCACCUUGCUCUCGCCGGGAUACGCCCUGA